AUGAAUAGAAGAAAGAGUCCAAUCUACAAAUCACCAGGAUUAAGCCCAAAUAUUAAACCUGGCUUAUUCUCAAAUCCAUCUGAAUUGAAUAAAUUGAAUAAAUAGAAAACUGUGAAAGUUGACGAAUCUUAAUCGCCUUUAUUGAAGGAGAGUAAAGAAACUAAAAUUCCUCCUAAACUACAAAAGAGCUACAGGUUUGAUCACUUAUUUAAUAGUAGUGCUACUAAAUUAUUCAGCAAUAAUAUCAGAGUGGCCAAACAAUAGACUGAGGAUAAAGAUGAUAAGAUCAUGGAAACUCUAUAGAAAUUGUUAAAAGAGUUAAUUGAAUUCAAUGAUAAUAUUGAAUAAAGCCAAGUAACCAAUAUUGAAGAAUGGUGCUGUGAAAUUUUGGAAAAGUUAAAUUAAAUUAAAGCAAAUAUUGAAAGAAAGGAAGAUCAUUCAGCUUGUGAUGCUGUGAUGUAAUAAGAAAUAUUAACUAAGUUAUUGAAGGAACUUCAGGAGGAGAAGAAGGAGCGUUAUAGAAUUGAGGAGGAAGCCACCAAUCUUAUUACAGAAUAAGAGAUCGAAAUAAAUCGUUUGGAGAAGGAGCUAAGAUUAUUGGAAGAGAAACACUAAUUAUAAUGAUAUUAAAAUUAUAAUCUGUUAAAAUUU